AUGGAGAUGGCGGACUUGAUGUUUCGUACGACAGCCGAUUCAGAGAAUGAUAAAGAAGCCGUAUUCUACAAAUUGGAGAUGUUAGGUUAUCAAGUUGGCCAAAGUUUAGUUGAAAGAUUUACGAGAGAUCGACCACGUUUUGUCGAUACAUUGGACGUGGUCAAAUUUAUUUGCAAAGAAUUCUGGACCAUAAUCUUUAAAAAACAAAUCGAUAAUUUGAAGACUAAUCAUAGAGGUGUAUAUGUGUUACAAGAUAACAACUUUAGAUGGUUUCUCAGAAUGUCAACUGAAACUGGAAGUGCUGACGCCGCGAAGAGAGCUAUUGCCUAUUUUUGGUUUCCAUGUGGGUUGAUUAGAGGUGCUCUGGCUAAUUUGGGCGUGGUCAGCGUAGUAGUUGCCGAAACAACCUCCUUGCCACAAUGCACAUUCCAAAUAAAGAUUGCAAAAUCAUAG